AUGGGACAUUCCAAACAUAAAAAACAUCAUCAUCGUCAUCGAAGUAAAGAUAAAAGUGAUGAUGAUGAUCGUAAACAACACCGAUCUCGUCGAUCUCCAUCAUCUGAUCGUAGUUCAUCAACAAGUGAUGAAGAAGAAUAUCGUGAAAAACCAAUUUCAACUAAAGGUAAAACAAUGGAAGAAAUCGAAGAAGAACGUCAAAUUAUGAAAAAUGAAAGACGACGACAACGUGAAGUUCGAAAAGUUUAUGAAACACCACAUGAAAAACGACAACGACGUUUAGCAAAAAAACUUGAAAAAGAACGUAGACAAAAAGCAGCACUUGGUUGGGAUAGUGAACAUUUGGGUAUGACAAAUGCAAAUAAUCCAUUUGGUGAUGAAAGAUUACUUGAAACGUUUGUUUGGGGAAAAAAAUUACAGAAAAAAGGUUUAUCUGAUGUUCCACCUGAACAUUUAAAAGUGAUGACAGCACAACGUGUUGAAGAAAAUAAAGUUGAAUUAGAAAAAUUGAAAAAACAAAGAUUAGAACGUGAACGACAAAAAGCAGAAAUGGAAACAGAAAAAGAAUUUUUACAAAGAGUUAAAGAAGCUGAAUAUUAUCGUGAAUGGGAAAAACAAGAAGAUUCAUUUCAUUUUAAUCAAGUUCGUCUUCGAUCAAAAAUUCGUAUAUCUGAUGGUCGAGCUAAACCAAUUGAUCUUCUUGCUCAUUAUAUCAAUGAAGAUGAUGAUGAUUUAGCUGUUGAAAUGCAUGAACCAUCAACAUAUUUAAAUGGUCUUACUAUUCGUGAUCUUGAAGAUUUAAUAGCUGAUAUUCGUGUUUAUACUGAAUUAGAACAACAACAAAAAUCAGGAGGAAAAUCAAAUCAUUAUGAUGCACAAUAUUGGCAAGAUAUUACAACAAUAACAGAAGAUGAAUUAGCUAAAUUAAGAAAAUUAUCUUCACGAUUAUAUCAUGAUCAAAGAAUUGAUGAUAGACGAGAAGGUAUUCAUGAAGCUGUUUCACAUGAUGUUAUAGAAACUUUUAAAAAUAAAACACCACAACAAUUGGAACAACUAGAACAACGAAUUAGGUCAAAAAUCGACAAUGAAACAGGUAUUGAUAUUGGUUAUUGGGAAUCUUUAUUAUCUCAAUUGCAAGCACAUAUGGCACGUGCACGUCUUCAUGAUCGUCAUCAAUUGACAUUAAAAAGAAAAUUACAAAAAAUUAAACAAGAACAAGGUAUAUUUCAUGCACCCAUAUCAAGUUCAUCAACAAUGUCAUCAACUUCAACAAUACCAAAAAAGAAAAAAGAUAAUGAAAAUAAUUCAUUAGAUACAUACAAUGAUAAUGAAAUUGAAUCAUUCGAAAAUUUAGAAAUUAAAUGUUUCUAUGAAUAUGAACAAAGUCGUUAUUCACCAAUAUUAGUUAAUGUCAAUGAUCUCGAUUUAGAAAUUCAAAAACGUUGUACAGAUGAAACAGAUGAUUGGGAAAAAUUAAAACAACAACGUGAAUCUGUAAUUAAAUCUGGAUCUGUUAAACCUGAUGUUGAAGAUGCAUUUGAAGCAUAUGCUAGAAGUAUGGGCAGUUUAACAACUGAUGAUGCAGAUGUUAAUACAGUUGUACCAAUGGAUGUUCAAUAUUUAUGGUCUGAUAAAUAUCGACCACGGAAACCUCGUGUUUUUAAUAAAGUUCAUACGGGUUACGAUUGGAAUCAAUAUAAUAAAAAACAUUAUGAUACAGAUAAUCCACCACCAAAAACAGUUCAAGGAUAUAAAUUUAAUAUCUUUUAUCCUGAUUUAAUUGAUAAAACUAAAACACCAUCCUAUAGUCUUACUGUUUGUGAGGAUAAUCGCGAUUUUUCAAUUUUAAAAUUUCAUGCUGGACCACCAUAUGAAGAUAUUGCAUUUAAAAUUGUUAGCAAAGAAUGGGAUUAUUCAUAUAAACAUGGAUUUCGAUGUCAUUUUCAAAAUGGUAUAUUUCAAUUAUGGUUUCAUUUUCGUAAAUGGAAAUAUCGUCGAUAA